CUCCCUCCCCGGGGCCGGAGCCGCCGCCGCCGCCAUGGACGAUUCGGGCCUGAUUCGUCGCCGGAGGCUGCAGAAGGAUUUGCCCCUGCCCCGGAAAAGCAGCAGGUGAGCCCUGGGGAGAGAUGCACGGGGCAGGUCGCCCCCUGUCCAACCCUGGGGGGUGCGCCAGGCGCGCGCGGGCGGGGCCUGGCGCUCUGGUGCACGGCAGCGCCCCCUCCUGGCGGGCGAUAGCCGCAGGCCCUCCCCUCCCCCGUCCUCCCCUGCCGGCUGCGGCUCCAGCCUCCGCCCCGCGCGCUUGCUCCCCGCGCCGCCGCCGCUGCCGCACCUGCCACCAUGUCGCCGCCGCCGGGUCAUGUCUGACUCUCUCUGGACCGCGCUUUCCAAUUUCUCGAUGCCCUCCUUCCCUGGCGGCAGUAUGUUCCGCCGCACCAAGAGCUGCCGUACCAGUAACCGGAAAAGCCUCAUCCUGACCAGCACUUCGCCCACGCUGCCGAGACCUCACUCCCCACUGCCCGGACACCUGGGUAGCAGUCCUUUGGACAGCCCCCGAAACUUCUCCCCCAACACCCCCGCCCAUUUCUCCUUUGCCUCCUCCAGAAGGGCGGAUGGACGCCGUUGGUCUCUGGCCUCGCUCCCUUCAUCUGGCUAUGGCACCAACACACCCAGUUCCACUGUCUCGUCUUCCUGCUCCUCCCAGGAGCGCCUGCACCAGCUGCCCUACCAGCCCACCGUGGACGAGCUCCACUUCCUCUCCAAACACUUCGGCAGUACCGAGAGCAUCACGGAUGAGGAUGGUGGUCGCCGCUCCCCUGCGGUGCGGCCUCGCUCGCGGAGCCUCAGCCCCGGGCGCUCCCCCUCCUCCUAUGACAACGAGAUCGUGAUGAUGAACCAUGUCUACAAGGAGAGGUUCCCUAAGGCCACUGCGCAGAUGGAAGAGAAGCUGCGCGACUUCACCCGCUCCUACGAACCUGAUAGCGUGCUGCCGCUGGCCGACGGCGUGCUUAGCUUCAUCCACCACCAAAUCAUCGAGCUGGCCCGGGACUGCCUGACCAAGUCCCGCGACGGCCUCAUCACCACCGUCUACUUCUACGAAUUGCAGGAAAACCUGGAGAAGCUGCUGCAGGACGCCUAUGAACGCUCUGAGAGCUUGGAAGUGGCCUUUGUCACUCAACUGGUGAAGAAGCUGCUCAUUAUCAUCUCUCGCCCAGCGAGACUGCUGGAGUGUCUGGAAUUCAAUCCUGAGGAGUUCUACCACUUGCUGGAGGCAGCCGAGGGCCAUGCCAAGGAGGGCCACCUUGUCAAGACGGACAUCCCUCGCUACAUCAUCCGCCAGCUAGGUCUCACCCGUGACCCCUUUCCAGAUGUGGUGCACCUGGAGGAACAGCAGGAUAGUGGUGGCUCUAACACACCUGAGCAGGACGACCUCUCUGAGGGCCGCAGCACCAAGGCUAAGAAACCACCUGGAGAGAAUGAUUUUGAGACCAUCAAGCUCAUAAGCAAUGGUGCCUACGGUGCUGUCUACCUGGUGCGGCACCGAGACACGAGGCAGCGCUUCGCAAUGAAGAAGAUCAACAAGCAGAACCUGAUCUUGCGCAAUCAGAUCCAGCAAGCCUUCGUGGAGCGCGACAUCCUCACCUUUGCUGAGAACCCCUUUGUGGUCGGCAUGUUCUGCUCCUUUGAGACCCGGCGCCACCUCUGCAUGGUCAUGGAGUAUGUGGAAGGGGGGGACUGUGCCACUCUGCUGAAGAACAUUGGGGCACUGCCCGUGGAAAUGGCACGCAUGUACUUCGCUGAGACCGUGCUGGCACUCGAGUACUUGCACAACUACGGCAUCGUGCACCGCGACCUCAAGCCUGACAACCUCCUUAUCACCUCCAUGGGGCACAUCAAGCUCACGGAUUUUGGCCUCUCCAAGAUGGGGCUUAUGAGCCUCACCACCAACCUAUAUGAAGGCCACAUCGAGAAGGACGCCCGGGAGUUCCUGGACAAACAGGUAUGUGGGACCCCGGAGUACAUCGCACCCGAGGUCAUCCUGCGCCAGGGCUAUGGCAAGCCGGUGGACUGGUGGGCCAUGGGCAUCAUUCUCUACGAGUUCCUGGUGGGCUGCGUGCCCUUCUUUGGAGACACGCCUGAAGAGCUCUUUGGACAGGUUAUCAGUGAUGACAUCCUGUGGCCAGAGGGGGACGAGGCCCUGCCCACGGAUGCCCAGCUCCUGAUAUCCAGCCUCCUGCAGACCAACCCCUUGGUCCGGCUGGGGGCAGGCGGUGCCUUUGAGGUGAAGCAGCACAGUUUCUUUCGAGACCUGGAUUGGACAGGGCUGCUGAGGCAGAAGGCCGAGUUCAUCCCCCACCUGGAGUCUGAGGAUGACACCAGCUACUUCGACACCCGCUCAGACAGGUAUCACCACGUGAACUCCUAUGAUGAGGACGACACCACGGAGGAGGAGCCUGUGGAGAUCCGCCAGUUCUCUUCCUGCUCCCCUCGCUUCAGCAAGGUGUACAGCAGUAUGGAGCAGCUGUCGCAGCAUGAGCCCAAGACCCCUGUGGCGGCAGCAGGGGCCAGCAAGCGGGAGCCGAGCGCCAAGGGCCCAGAGGAGAAGGUUGCUGGCAAGCGGGAAGGUCUAGGUGGCCUGACCCUUCGCGAGAAGACCUGGAGAGGGGGCUCCCCUGAGAUCAAGCGCUUCUCAGCGUCCGAGGCCAGCUUCCUGGAGGGGGAGGCCAGUCCCCCGUUGGGCACACGCCGUCGUUUCUCGGCGCUGCUGGAGCCCAGUCGCUUCAGCGCCCCCCAAGAAGAUGAGGAUGAGGCCCGGCUGCGCAGGCCUCCCCGGCCCAGCUCUGAUCCCCCGGGCUCGCUGGAUGUGCGAGCCCUCAAAGAGGCAGCUCAAGGGGAAGGCACCCCCAGUGCCGGCGACUCGGAGGCCACUGACCGCCUACACCCAGGUGACCUCUGCCCACCCUUGAAGGAUGGGGACACAUCAGGCCCAAGAGCCACCAAUGACCUGGUUCUGCGCCGGGCGCGGCACCAGCAGUUGUCAGGGGACCCCGCGGUAGAGAAGCGGCCUUCUCGAACGGGGGGCAAAGUCAUCAAGUCAGCCUCGGCCACUGCCUUGUCUGUCAUGAUCCCUGCAGUGGACGCUCACGGAAGCUCACCCCUGGCCAGCCCCAUGUCCCCACGAUCACUCUCCUCCAACCCAUCCUCACGGGACUCCUCACCUAGCCGAGACUACUCACCGGCUGUCAGUGGGCUUCGCUCCCCCAUCACCAUCCAACGUUCGGGCAAGAAGUAUGGCUUCACACUGCGUGCCAUCCGUGUCUACAUGGGCGACUCAGAUGUCUACAGUGUACACCACAUUGUCUGGCACGUGGAGGAGGGGGGCCCAGCCCAGGAGGCAGGGCUCUGCGCCGGGGACCUCAUCACCCACGUGAACGGGGAGCCUGUGCAUGGCAUGGUGCAUCCCGAAGUCGUGGAGCUGAUCCUUAAGAGUGGCAACAAGGUGGCCGUGACCACAACCCCCUUCGAAAAUACCUCCAUCCGCAUUGGCCCUGCGCGGCGUAGCAGCUACAAGGCCAAAAUGGCUCGGAGGAACAAGCGGCCCUCUGCCAAGGAGGGGCAGGAGAGCAAAAAGCGCAGCUCCCUCUUCCGCAAGAUCACGAAACAGUCGAACCUGCUGCACACUAGCCGCUCGCUGUCGUCGUUGAACCGCUCGCUGUCGUCCAGCGACAGUCUCCCGGGCUCGCCCACGCACGGGCUGCCGGCGCGCUCUCCCACCCACAGCUACCGCUCCACGCCUGAUUCCGCCUACCUAGGAGCCUCGUCCCAGAGCAGCUCGCCGGCCUCUAGCACGCCCAACUCGCCGGCAUCGUCGGCCUCGCACCACAUCCGGCCCAGCACGCUGCACGGUCUGUCGCCAAAGCUGCACCGCCAGUACCGCUCUGCGCGCUGCAAGUCUGCCGGCAACAUCCCACUGUCGCCGCUGGCGCACACGCCGUCCCCCACGCAGGCCUCACCGCCGCCCCUGCCCGGCCACACAGUGGGCAGCUCGCAUACGACCCAGAGCUUCCCAGCCAAAUUGCACUCGUCCCCACCGGUGGUGCGGCCGCGUCCCAAGAGUGCCGAGCCUCCGCGCUCGCCACUCCUCAAACGCGUGCAGUCGGCCGAGAAGCUGGGAGCCUCGCUGGGCGCCGACAAGAAGGGCGCACUGCGCAAACACAGCCUCGAGGUGGGCCACCCGGAUUUCCGCAAGGACUUCCAUGGCGAGCUGGCACUGCACAGCCUCGCGGAGUCGGACGGCGAGACGCCCCCUGUUGAGGGUCCCGGAGCGUCCCGACAGGUCGCAGUCCGCCGCCUGGGCCGCCAGGAGUCGCCCCUGAGCCUGGGCGCGGACCCGCUGCUGCCCGAGGGCGCCCCCAGGCCGCCGGCACUGAUUAAGGAGAAGGAGUCCCCAGGCGGCGCUGAGGCCUGCACCCCGCCCCGUGUGACGACCCCCGGGGGUCGGACCCUAGAGCGGGACUCCAGCAGCAGGCAACACCAGAGUGUGCAGACAGAGGAUGGCAUGGGUGGGGGGGCCAGGGCCGUGGCCAAGGCCGCGCUGAGCCCAGUGCAGGAACAUGAGACGGGCCGGCGCAGCAGCUCUGGUGAAGCAGGCACACCUCCGGUGCCCAUUGUCGUAGAGCCAGUGCGGCCUGGGGCCAAAGCAGAGGUGUCCCAGCCCCCUGGUGUGGACUCCAAGGGGUUGCAGGAAUCUGCACCCCUGUCGCCUCCUGCACCCGAGGCCCCCCGGGGCCGGGAGCGCUGGGUGCUGGAAGUGGUGGAGGAGCGGACCACUCUGAGCGGGCCUCGUUCCAAACCUGUCUCUCCCAAGCUCUCCCCAGACCCCCAGACUCCCUCCCCAGCCCCAACAAAGAAUGUGCCCAGCAGUGCGGGGCUCCCAGCCCCACCUGCUUCCCUUCUGGUCCCAACCACCAAGCCUGAGGUGGGGCUGACCUCAAGGUGCCCUGCUGAAGCUGUGCCCCCAGCAGGCCUGACCAAAAAAGGGGCGCCCUGCCCCAUGCCCCCAGGCCCAUAGCAGAGGGAGCCGCUGGCCCUGCGCUGUACAGCCACCUGUAUACAUAUGUACACAUAUAAAUAAAGUGCUUCUGUGCUGCGUGA